AUGGGAAGACAUGGUGGAUUCAAACACAGACCAAAGGUUAUCAUUGAAUCCUGGCGGUCGGACCCAACUUUGUGGCAGUACGGACCAACAAGCAAACCUACAACUACUAGAUGGAGAGAAGCUGGCUACAAUACCAAUUGCCGUACUAUCAAGGCAACAGCAAUAGGAGGUGCCGUCACCCAAGAACGGCUACUGGUGGUUCGGACAAGAACUGAUUGUCGGGCACAAUGGACAUGGGACAGUUUGGAUCGAGAUCUUUCUGUGAUCCGGCCUAUGGGAAAUCUCCUCACGCCACCGGGAUUGGUACCGCGCAACUCCUACUCCCAAUCUGGCAGUGCACACACACCCCACUCCCUACACGACCCUAUGCCUAAUCAAAUAGGGGCAUGGAUCAAAACGGAGAAGGGUGUUCGACGACUCAUGAAGGAAGAACUUGCACGAGAACUGGGCAUCCCCAAAGGCUGCGAAACUGACCUGUCACACAAGAGCCUCCAACGAACUACAUCACUUUUCCAUUGGGAAUACCUGUCUUUCUCGCUACAACAUUUCUUCAGCCACCCAACUUCUGCACCCGGGAAAACGACACAGGGAACAAAGACCGGGGACCACUUGCCCGGGGCAACGACCAUCACACUCGACAACGAUGUGUUCGAUUGGCAUCCCCCAGAUCUUUCCUUGGGUAGCCCCUGGUACACACUACGACUUGCCAACCUCCGCUGGGCCGCUGACCAUUAUCCGGAACCAGACAACAUCUACUGGGAUGGCAUCCAACGACUAGCCGUCCACCGAAACAACUACAACUCGGAGGGACCGGACCCCAAACGACUUCAACUUUUAUGGUGGGAGUUCCUGUCUGAGCACUGGGAGGAACUACGAAAUGGGGCACGCCAGAAUUUCCUGAAACAGCCAGAUCCCUGCCUCCGACCCAAUGCUCCAAUGGAUGAAGAAAUGCUAGAGGCUGCUGUCCAAUUUGUGGACGAACUUGUUGAACUUGGGGAUGGCCAGCCGGGACAAUGGCGGGUAAUUGCCGACAUGCUACGGGGUGGUCAGAACGAUUGUGUUGGGCAGGACCCUGUCUUCAUGCCCAGGAUUGCUCACAUUGUGGACCAAAUGUACACUGAAGGAUACUCUGCAGUGGUCGACCUGUCCAAGUUCUUUUACAAUUUUCCGACACACCCAGAUGACCGACCGUACCUUGGUCUCCUACAUCCUAAGACCGCGGAGCUACUGACCUACUAUGGGCUAGCUAUGGGAGCCGGCAACAGUCCAGCCAUUGCCUGCCGAAUCGGUCUCGCCUUUGUACGACUUGUGAAGGAGAAAUUUGGCGUUUUCCAAGGUGAAGCCAGAGCUAACUGCUACUGGACGGGUCUACAAGCCAACGGAUUCGAUCCCAAGCUUGGCUAUGGAUUCAUCUUGACCUCCAACGAUGGAGGAGCUGUGCACAUCUGGGUCUGGGUGGACGACUUCCUCAUCCAUGGGCCCACGCACGAAAAGACAGCCCGAGGGCUGCAAUUCUUCUUGGACACGGCAGUUGACUGUGGAUUCCUCUUUCACCCAAAGAAAUUGGUACCGCCUCAGCAAGUCGUCAAGUACUGUGGUUUCCUCUUUGACACCACAGCUGUCCCUUGCCUUCGAAUCCCAGAAGCCAAGAAAGAAAGGGCACUGGCCAUAUGUGAUUACUUGAUCCAAUCUCCAAAGCACAAGAGGUGGUCCCGUCUUGGUCUUGCGGUUGCAGUCGGCGUUUUGGAGUCUCUUACAGAAGCAACUCCCCGGCGAUUGGGACAUACGCAUCUCAAAGAGUUCCACACCAUUGUCCACCCACCAGGACUUGGCAACGGAGCGGCACCCUACUACACUACCACCUUCCUCAACUCGGAGGUGCUCGACGAACUCCAUUGGUGGCGACAGUUCCUCACUCGGAGUGAAGGACGCUUUGUCAGAGGAUGGGAAGCUGCAACACUGGUUCCAACCUUUGGCGACGGAAGUGGAACUGGCACCGGGGGCACCAUACAACUCCCAAAUUGUGACUUUGAGAUGUGGCGAGGAAAAUGGAAACCAUCCAUCUACAUCUUCCCUUCUGUAUGGAAAGAGUUAGCGACCCUGAAAGAGACCCUGCUUCGAAUCAAAGAAAGCCCCCAUGCCCACCAGGUGAUUGGGACUACCGUUUUCUACUUCACUGACAACUCGGGAGUUUACUGGAUUGCCACCACAGGCUCUUCCCGGACACGCUCCCUCCACAAAUUGAUUAGCGAGAUCAGACUUCUUGAACUGGACCUGCAAUGUGUCCUCCAAGUUGUCCAUGUACCAGGCCGAGUGUUGAUCACCCAAGGGACUGAUGGCCUCAGUCGCGGCGUUUGGAUGUCGGCACUUCAAAACAUUAUGGAUUCUGAUAGACUGACUCAGGCUAUCUUUGAUCCAGUCCCCUUUGACAUGGCUUUGGUGUGGACCCACCUUCCACAAUCGGCCCCUGUGACGCAGUACAGAUCCUGGAACCAACCCUGGACAGCAUCCCUCUGCCUCCACCAAACCACAGUAUGGUGCCCACCGCCGGAGCUGGCCCGCCAGCUCCUCACCUUCUUGCUCAACUCGUGGGUUGAAUGCCCCUUCACCACCUCCGCGCUGCUCUUUGUCCCCAGAGUUGUUGAAGCUUCCUGGCAACACAUGUCUCGUUGGACAAGACUCCCAUUGCCGCCCCCUCUUGGCAUGCCGCCCAAGCCACACUUAUGCGCGGGUUGCCAGAGAGGGUUCAGCCGCAAGGAGACUGAGACACGGCUUCAAUGCACGUUUUCCGCUAAGGGAUUCGGCCGAUUCCGUGCCUGUGGCUCCACCUACCACCGUGACUGUUUCCGCGCUGGGGAACCCUUCAAGACUCGCCGCCUCCGCGAUGAAGGCUUGACCUUCCCCCGCCACGCCACCUGGCCCAACUUUGUCUGCGAAGCCUGCACUGUGCGACAGUACCUACAACGCGAAUUAGUUCGUGCCGACGACCUCCUCCUCUUGAUGUUGGAACGCGUCCGGAUGUUGGACAUCAUCUCCUCAUGGGCCAAAGGAACCCACGCUAGCUACAAGUCGAAACUGAAUAUUAUCCGCCAAUUUGAGACCAAUUUUGCCAUCCAAGUAUUGCAGCCCACCGCUCUGCUGGAGCCCCCUUCCGGCCCUGAUAUCCCCCUCAUGUGGUGUCAGGAAUGGUACAGCCUCCGCCAUUCCACCAAGAAACACGACCGAGGUGCUCAAACUCCCAUCAGCUUUGGCACAGUCCGAGCCCUCCGAUCGGCCGCUUCCCAGUGGUUAUCACUGGACUCCCUCAACACUCCGCAAAAUGCAUACAUGUCACAAGACAACAAAGUUCUAUAUCAAGAUUGUCGACCGACGGAUAGUUUGUCCUUCCACUUGUUUGCAAAGGGAAUGGUAGCACGAAUGGGGGAUUACUCCCGGCCAUCGGUGGCCCUUUUGGAUCGCCACAUUCGAGCUCUGGAUCACUUCUUGGACCGCCAAUUCUAUGAAGCCACUUCUGACGUCCAACGCCGAGACAUCGCUCUAGCGGGGCU